AUGGAUGAUUUUAGUCAUAGCCGAAGAAAUAUGGUUGAGGUUGCUGUAACUGUAAAGAUAGUGAAAAAACUCUACAAAGAAUGGAGUGGUUCACAAGAAAAACUUAGCAUUGGUGUAAUAUCGCCCUAUGCUGCUCAAGUUUUGGCAAUUCAAGAAAAGCUAAGGGCUGAAAACCAUGAGGGAUUCAUGGUAAGACCCUUUAGAGUGAUAGGAAACAUUGUGACUUUGACCAUGGUUCUCAAAGAGUUGAAAAAACACAAAUUGAUCUUUGGCAUAUUGUUUGCCUUGAGUGUUCUGAUUCAUGAUAUGUUUAACUUGUCCCAAAAUUUCCGUACUCAUUCUGGUGUGCUCAGAUUAGCGCAGAGCGUAAUUGAUCUUCUUUGCUAUUUUUUCCCUCAUUCUAUCGAUGUAUUACCACCUGAGACUAGCUUUGUAUAUGGUGAGCCUCCACUUGUGAUUGAGCCAGGUAGUGAUGAGAAUGCAAUUAUCACUAUUUUUGGAUGUGGAGGAAAUGUUGGAAAAAUGGUAGGUUUUGGUGCUGAGCAGGUCAUAUUAGUGCGUGAUGACUCUGCGAGAGAGGAAAUAUCUAACUGGAUUGGACAUCAAGCUCUUAUUUUGACCAUAGUGGAGUGCAAGGGCCUUGAAUUUCAGGAUGUUUUACUAUUCAACUUCUUUGGCUCUUCACCCCUGAGGAGUCAAUGGAGAGUAAUCUACGAGUUCUUGAAAGAAAAAGACUUGUUUGAUUCCGGUUUUCCCAAGUCCUUUCCAAGUUUUAGCCAAUUAAGACACAAUAUCUUGUGUUCUGAACUAAAACAAUUAUAUGUGGCCAUCACUCGAACAAGGCAAAGAUUAUGGAUUUGUGAAAAUGCUGAAGAGCUUUCCAAGCCAAUGCUUGAUUAUUGGAAGAGACUUGGCCUUGUGAAUGUGAGGAAAGUUGAUGAUUCACUAGCACAGGCAAUGCAAAAAGCAAGCAGCCCAGAGGAAUGGAAAUCACAGGGAAUUAAGCUCUUUUGGGAAAAAAAUUAUGAGAUGGCCAUCAUGUGCUUCGAAAGAGCUGGAGAACCAACAUGGGAAAAACGAGCUAAAGCUGCUGGCCUUAGGGCAUCUGCUGAUCACAUGCGUGGUUCAAAUCCCAAUGAGGCUCGUAUAAUGCUUAGAGAGGCUGCCGAAUUAUUUUAUUCUGUUGGCAAAACAGAUUCAGCAGCCGAAUGUUUUUUUGACUUGGAGGAAUAUGAAAGAGCAGUGAAAUUCUUCACUGAGUCCAACGACUUUAAGAAUGUUUCUAGCAGGAAGUUUCAGAAUUUUAUAUAUAUAUCAAUCAAUUACUUUGACAUUGUUUUCCCUCUAGACUCUCGGGCAUCCUUGUCAGAAUAUAUGAUUUCUCUGAGAGGAACUGAACAGUCACAGAAUUUACUCGAAAAAGUUAUCUUUCGACAUAUUAGCACAAAAGAUAUACUGACCUAUGGACAAAUUGGGAGGGCUGUGAUGAUUUUGCUUGGGUCAGGCAGGCACAAAAUUGACCUUUAUGAGAUGAUUGUUGAAAGGAUCCCCAAAAACUCGUCUUGGAAAGAAUUCGUUGAGAUUCUCUGGGGGAACACGGAGUCAGAGUCAGAUUUGCUGAUUCAAAAGUUCCACCAUGCUUUGCAAGAAACUUAUACAGCCAACUGGAGGGUAGAGGACUAUAUAUCACCUAAUUGUUACUUGUAUCUUAUGGAGCGCCUUGUUAUUUUGGCAUCUCAUUACCGCAGUUCGUUCCUCACUACAAAAUCAUCAUUUGUGGAAUGGUUAGUAUAUCAACAAUCUCGUGGCAUCCCAAGUUCUAGUUUAGUCACUGACAAGCAACCCUAUUCAAGAAUUGUCUUUGAUUCUGUUAUUAGUGUGGUCCGGCAGUUCCUUUGUAAUGUUCAUGAUACAACAGAAUGGAUUAGAAAUUCUAGAAUUAAUUACAAUUACUAUUAUCCGGUGCUAGUGUUGAGGUUGUUUGUUAUACUGUGCUUGCUGUGUCUUAACUCCGGAAUGUAUUCCAAUGUAUUUUUUGAGCUUCUGAGUCUAUCUCACAUCAGAGCCCAGCUUCCAAGAGAAUUCUGUGAAGCUCUUCGAAAGGAAAGGAAGAAUGGUGAUGUGAAUUUAUAUGCAGUUGCUAGAGCAUUCAAAUCAAUUGGGGAUCCUGUUGUCAUUGUCACCUGGGGAGAAAAUGAUCGGAAAUUUUUCUGUCCUGAUGCCAUUAUUCUUGACAUGAGUGUUUAUCGGAGCAAAAAAGACAUCAUUGAAGUUUUGUUUCCGAGCAGCAGAAAAACUUCUCAUGGACAAAUCACUUCGGUUGAAGAAAAUAAAAUUAAAUCAAGCAUUGAACUUCCUGCUAGCAGUGGCAAUCAUGGCAAGACUUCUAUGUCGCCAAUUUUGAAUAUGGAAUCGAAAACAGAUCGGAACUUGAGUACAGGGAAUGGAAAAGAUGGGCUGCAGAUGAAUUGGGGAGUUCUUCGGGAAAUAUCUGAUAUAUUGAAUUCUGUGGAAAAUAGAGAAGAUGGAACUCUGAAGAUCCUUGCAAUGGAAAAGAAGGUACAAGUGGAGGAGAUUAUUAACAUCUUAGCCACUGAAAUGAUCCAUAUCUCUGAUGAGAAAUCUCCUGCUGGUGAAGAUAAUAACACGCUGGGUGAAGCCAUCAACGCAAUUGAGGAACUGAAGCAGAUUUCUUCUUUGAUCACAAGUGACUUGGAAGAGAAAGAGACUUUGAAGAUUGAAGAACUUUUGAAAAGCUUGGAGUCAAGAAGGCCUAAACUCGAUAGAUAUCUUAGUCGAUUUGUUGUGCAGAAUGAUACAAAAGAAAAAAAUCCAAGUGUUGUAUGUUGUGAUGGGGAAAUUUCUAACAGUAAUAGUACCGAAGACGGCAUGGAAAAUUUACCCAUCACAGUUGCUCCCGAAACACAAAGUAAGCCGGACCAGUUGGGCACAGUUACAUGCCAUGGUCCAAGGAAAGUUCCCGAGACACCUCAGUGCUUGCAUGAUACGGUGGCACAUGUAGUACACACGCUCAUGGACCUCACGCGCAGGAGACAUUCUGCAAAACUGCAUGAUUUUGGAUUCCUUUGA